UUUCCAGCCGAUGUUGAAAAUUUCGAUCCCUUCAAUUGUGAAUAUAUGUCGAAAAUCAAGGAUUUGAUUAUUUGCGAAAGUGAAUGCGUUGCCAAAAGCCUUAACUUAUUGGACGAUAAUGGUGAGAUUAACCGCGAUGCUGUUAUUGCCAGCUUCAAACAACACAUGUCAGAGGACAGUGCCAAACAACAAAGCGUUUUGGAAGGCUAUUUGGACAAGUGUUUGGCCAAAAUUAAGAAUAUGGACACCAAAGUAGCUGGCAAAUGUAGUAGUGCCCCCAUGGAAUUGCAUCAUUGUAUGUUCGGUGAAAUGGUCUCGGGAUGUCCGGCUGAGGCGCAAGUUAAUACUCCACGCUGUCAGAGGAUACGUGAACGUUACAGCAAGGGUCAGACAUUGGCAUUCGGUAAACAUGCUUUACACGAAUUUUUGCAUUCUGGACGUGGACGUGGCGGUCACACUCAUCAUCAUGGCCACAAAGAUCAAAUGUAA